GCCGCCCGGCCGCCAGCCGUGCACCCUGCCGCGCUUGGCAAGAAGAUGGCGGGAUCGGUGGCCGACAGUGAUGCCGUAGUGAAACUAGAUGAUGGGCAUUUAAACAACUCCCUGAGCUCGCCGGUCCAAGCAGAGGUGUACUUCCCACGGCUGAUCGUUCCAUUUUGCGGGCACAUUAAAGGCGGCAUGAGACCAGGCAAGAAAGUACUCGUGAUGGGUAUCGUAGACCUCAACCCUGAGAGCUUCGCAAUCAGCUUGACCUGUGGUGACUCAGAAGAUCCUCCAGCCGAUGUGGCCCUUGAACUCAAAGCUGUAUUCACAGACCGGCAGCUACUCCGAAACUCUUGUAUAUCCGGGGAGAAGGGUGAGGAGCAGUCUGCCAUCCCUUACUUUCCGUUCAUCCCAGACCAACCGUUCAGGGUGGAAAUUCUCUGUGAGCACCCCCGGUUCAGAGUGUUUGUGGACGGACACCAGCUUUUUGAUUUUUACCACCGCAUUCAGACAUUAUCCGCGAUCGACACCAUCAAGAUCAACGGGGACCUCCACAUCACGAAGUUGGGUUGAUGUCCUGUCAGCCCCCUCUGGUUCAGAGAGGGUCAGGUGCCACAACACUCUGACUGUGGGGCUGGAAGAAUCGUCCUAGCGAGGUCUGGGGACGUAACAAAAGACACCACAACCCAAACAGCAAACUUCACUGAGUCUCCUCUUUCUGUACAGUCAACCCAACCUGGCAGCGGCCCCCGGGGGGUCUGCCUGGAGGAAGACAGCUGUUGGUUGGCACAGAGACACCGAGCCAUCCUCUCCAGAACAAACAAACGAACAGGGAGGGGGGUUAAAAAACAACCCACAGAUUUAUGCCGGAUUUUAUUCAGACAGACUUCACCCACAUGGAAUUGUGAUUUGUCAACCAUCUGGUCAUCUCGUCAAAGUCAGAUAAUGUUUUAGAAACAAAAGUGCUAAAGACUUUUAAAGCAAAAAAAAAAAAAAAACACAAAAAAACGGUACACCGAAACCAACUAUCCUUUCUGCACUGAAGUGGAAUCGUCUAGCACAACCAACAUUUUAGUCAGGGUAUUUACAUAGAAUGUAGGUUGUUCGAGGUUGGUUUGUUGGUGUUUGUUUUUCUGUUUCUGUUUUUGCACAGCAUAAUGUUAAUUCCGAUUUCUGAGGCCUCCUCGUAAUUAUUUAUUUAGAUUUCAUGUACGUACUGGAGGACGGGCAGUGGCUCCAGACAUUUAGAGCAGCAAGCUGCCAACUUUGAAUGUGCAAAUAGUUUAGAUCCCUGGGGGAAAUGACACAACACAAUCAUGAAACUGGCGCAUUUCCACCUUAAAAAAUGGAGUCAGAUCCUCCAUACCUCGAAACUUAGGAUUUCUUGAUAUAAAUUGCUAUUAAGUGCUUUUGGGUAAACUUUGCGACAUUUAGAUAAACUUGGCUUUUCCGGGAAGUUCUAUUUACAUCGCUUUUUCUCCGUACAGUGAAUUAGCACAGCACCGGCUUCCCUAGAUUUGCAGAAUAGCUCAUUAAGUUGUUACUAAAUUAGGUGAACACACAGAAGAGGUGGUUGCAUAGACAAUUUUUUUUGAAUGACUAGCCUAUAAGCUUAAAAGUAUAAUCCGAAAAUGAUUCUGGUAUGUAGUGUAAAGCAGACGCAAAUGGCCCAGGUAACCUCCUUGGAAAUUCUUUAUGUCAAGUUAAGCUGUUAGUUCAUUGUGUACCUUCUCCUACACAGCCCUCACCAACCUCCCUCAGCAAUGCCUCUGAUGCUUCAGCCUAAAGGAUGCAUCUUGCUGUGUUAAUGCGACUGACAUGUUAGGAUAAAACCAGGUCCAGAUCAGGAAAUGAUCCAGUUAGUCUCUCUGGAAGGUUAACAUCUCAGACUACUAUCUUUGAGUGCAGCCCACAGAGUGGAUGCUUCGCAUAUAGCCGCAGGAGUGUCCUUCUGCUGGAACAUCUCUGUCCGGGGGAAACCCCGCAAAACUGUUCAGUAGACUGGCAAGCCACGAGGCGCGGGGAAUCCUGGGGCUGGACUCCACCAAUGGCACAGUUCAUGGAGAGAAGGACGCUGGGCAUUGCUUUGGUCAGGUGGUUGGGGAGGAGAGGGGAGCCGGGGCGGGGGUGUAUUUAGAUAUACUUUAGGUUUUGUUUGUGCAGUAGACUGCGGCUUGCUGUGUGCCAUGUGCUUGUCCCGCCUUGCUUUUUGAGUUUGUUUGUUUUUUACACAACAUGCAGAGGCACGGGAGUGGCUACGUCCUUUUCACGUGUCAAGAAUGUAGACAGUGUUUCAGUACCAAAGUCUUAGAGAAACAAAGCAAGCUCAAAUUGUGGAUUGCUUUCAUGGGUGAUAAUGUGGGGUGCUUCUCUGCCUGGACACUGUUGGGCGCACGCAGUUCCGUGGUGCUGUAACAGAAGCUACAUUACCCAGCAAGCAUCCCCAUCCCGGGGCAGUGAAAAACUAGGUACUUAAUCAGCCUUAUUUUGGCCAAGAGAGCUAUUCCGUGGCUCCAUGCAUUUUCCAACACGUAAUUCAACUUCUCAUGGGAUUGAAAGGGCGCUAGAUUUCAGUGUUUGGAGAGAGACCUAAAGGGUACCCUGAUACUCUAUUUGUCGGGGUUUUGAUUCUACUUCCGGUGGACAAUUCCCAUGGGUGGUCCUCCUGUGAGUGGCCCAGCCUCCCAGCCUGCUACAUAAUUCAGCGGAAACGAGAGGCACUGGGAGUGUAACUGAUUGGAAUGGACACCCAGCUCUCCUACAGAUCAACUAACUCAUUAGCAGGCAAGCCCUCAGGCGGCUUAGCUUAAAGACAGUGUUAACCCCUUCGUUUUUCUCAGCGGUCACUGGGAACCUCUUGGAUCAGCCAGUUGGUGUGUGGGUUGGAUUCAGGUAUAGUUAAAUUAGUAGGGAUCUCCCCCAGCUGCGAUAAUUGUUCACUGUCAACUGUAAACAAUUGUCACAUCCUGCCAUCGGCACAUGAGACCUAAGGUGGGAAUCUCAGGAUGGAAAGUGCAAUUUAAGGCUUCACAAGGAAAACAUUUGGUUCUCUAAGGAGUUAUUUCUGACUGGAGCCCUAGUUUCGCAAUAUGACCAAAACCAAGGUACAUGACCAACAAUCAUACGCUGGGCAGGGGGUGGGGAAGAAAAGGCAGGCUUUAGACAAUCUGUCCGUUUUUACAGCAAAAUCGGAAUGAAUGUGUAUAUCCAUUUUCAAGUUACUAUAAAGUGAUCCCUAGGAUGGUCUUAAAAUUCUUAAUUUUUAAAAAAUGUUGAAGCCCUAUUUCCAAUCUUGCCGACUUCCGUUCAAACUCCUUUAAGAGAUCACUCUGAGAAUUGGUGGAGAUUUGUUAAAAUGACGAAUCGUGUCAUUUUUAUUUUUCAUGAGAAUGUCCAAAAAAAACAGGAGGAAAGAGCCCUGUUGCCUUGAGAGAAACAGCCUUGACAUUUUUCGGCAUUCAUGUAGAAAUGAUGUUCCUAUGACAUAUUUUCAAAGAAACACUUUCUUAUUUACUGCGUGGUGUAAAAUGUUGCUAAAUGUGUUCUUACAUUACUAUAUCACUGCUGAAAGUUAUUUGCACUAUAAUAAAGGCAUUUUCUACAAAA